UAUUAAAUACGAGUUUCCGGUGCGUUCAAUCUGCCAUUUUGUUCUACACAGUUCAAGGGUAUUCAGAAACAGCCCGAAUCUGAUUCAUUACGAAGCAUGUACCGUCUCACCAGAGCAGCUCUUAACCUGACCGGACAAGCUACCCGCCAGGUUGCAGUGCGACAUGCUUCCUCAGAUGUAUCCAGAGGGUUCCACGUGAAGUAUGGCACACCCCUGCUGAUUGGUGGAGCAGCAUUUUGCUCUGCAGUCUGGGGAUAUGUGAUCACAUCGACUGGCAUUGUGUGGAACCUGUCUCCAGUUGGCAAGGUCCAGCCAAAAGAAUGGAAGGAGUAAUGGGAGAAUUGCCAUUAGCUUUCCUCAGUGGCAAUGCAGAAUCCAUCUGAACUUUUCCAUUUUGAUAAUGGAUGUGCUUUACACCUGAUUCCUAUCGUUGGCCUGUGUGUCUGUAAAAAUGUAAUAAAUUAAAUAUAAAUACACUU